AUGCCCUCAUUCAAUCCCUUCUCUUCCAUGUCGGGGCGCGGGGCUGCCGCGCUCUUCGACGUCCGCCUGGAAAAUGACUUUAUCGUGUUCAGAGGCGGCGAGGAAGAGUCCAACGGCCAGAUUGUCAAGGGCACCGUUGUCCUGUGCCUGACAACACCACUCAAGAUGGAAGACGUCCGCCUGCGUUUGACCGGCACCAUGCACAUGAACGCAUCCGGGUCCUCCAGCCAGAAGAACGAUCGUCUCAAGACGAUCUGCGAGAAGCGAUGGGAGCCAUUCAUUGGCGUGCACGGCAAAAGCAUGAUUUUACCCGCCGGCAACUACGAAUACCCAUUCGAGUAUCUGCUGCCUGGCGACACGGCCGAGAGCGUCGAAGGUAUCCCCGAGGCUUCCAUCACCUAUCGUCUCAAGGCCACCGUCGGCCGCGGCAAGCUCGCCUACGACCUCCAUGCAUACAAGCACCUGCGCAUCAUCCGCACACUCGAUCCAAGCGCACUCGAAUUCCACCACGCCAUGAGCGUGGAGAACAUCUGGCCCAAUAAGGUCGACUAUUCAAUCUCGAUACCCCAAAAGGCCGUCGUGUUCGGAGGCAUUAUUGACUUGACCAUGCGCCUCACGCCCCUUCUCAAGGGUCUGGAAAUGGGCAGGAUAAACAUCAAGCUCGUCGAGAUUCGGGAAACGACGGUCACGGGCGCCACAGGGAUGAGCGUGCGCGAGCACAAGGUUGAGCGCGACGUCUCAAAGUGGGACAUGGAGGUGGACCGCGCGACGCACUGGGUGGACAUGAUUGAAGACACUGGCCAGGACGGUUGGGUCGUUACCAAGGCAUUGGACCUACCUCGCAGGCUGCGCCAGUGCGUGCAAGAUACCAACGUCCACGGCAUCAAGAUCCGCCACAAGCUCAAGCUGACGAUUGCCCUCAAGAACCCCGAUGGGCACGUUUCCGAGCUGCGCGCUACGCUCCCCGUGGCCAUCUUCAUCUCGCCAAACGCGCCCCUCAACGAGCAGGGCGACGUGAUCAACCCCGAGACAGCGCAGGCCGAUGGGGAAGAGGAGCGCUGCCCUCCACCCAGCUACCAUGAGCACAAGCUCGACCAGCUCUACGACGACGACAUGACCGGGUUCCGAACGCCGGCUGGCGCCAUGUCGGGCGUGAACAGCCCCUUUUACGUGCAUUCGAGGGCCGGCUCCAGCGAAAACCUGUCCAACCUCAUGCAGAGCGGGGGCGCCAUCCCCCCGGCGGACCUGUCCUCGCGACUGAUGAACGUUUCGGACGACCCAACACUGCGAAAUACCGUCUUCAACUCGACGAUAGGACGGAGGUCCGAGCCCAGUUCGAACAACCUUACGCGACAGAACAGCGGCGACGACACGCCCAGUUCGGGCCGCGACUCGCCCGAGCACAUUGACCUGAACGAGUUCGCUCCAACGACGCGCGUGCCCAGCUACCACACAGCGGUCCAGACGAGGCCGCCGAACGAGUCUGCUCCGACGUACCAGACGGCUCUCACGCAGCCGCGUACGCCGCCUGCGACCGACAAUCAAUAUGAGUAUAUGCCGAGCAUCACCACGCGUGCCGAGGGCGAAGAGGCGGCCAGCAAUCAUAGGUCCAACGCUAUCUCUGGUUAG